GCCGAUCGCCAUUGGCGCCGUACGUCCUCACGCGCGCCCACCCGGCACUCCGGCAGCUGGCUAGAUUGCUGCUGCUGCUGCUGCCUGCGCUGUCCUCCAUGGACGACGGCGACGGCGGAUCACCGACCAACAGCGCUGGGCUUCUGCCGCUGUUCAGCCGAUCGCCGGUUGAGGAUCUUGAGGAGAAGCUGAGGCGCGCGACGGAGGAGAACGCGCGGCUCACGCGGGCGCUCGACGCCAUCCUCGCCGGUCACCACGCCCACCAUCGCGACCCCGGGGCGCCGUCCGCCACCACGAGGGCGCCGAAUGCGUCCACCAGCUGCGCGGCGAGGGACGACGACGCCCCAGUCACCGCCACCGCCGCCGCCGCCGUGUCGACGGCGCCGGCUCCGAAGGCGGAGCCGCGACCCAAGAUCAGGACCGUCCGCGUGCGCGCGGACGCCGACGCCAACAGCGUGGCGGAGAACGUGAAGGAUGGGUACCAAUGGCGGAAGUACGGGCAGAAAGUGACGCGUGACAACCCCUACCCUAGAGCUUACUUCCGCUGCGCAUUUGCUCCGUCUUGCCCCGUCAAGAAGAAGGUCCAAAGAUGUGUGGAGGAUAGGUCAAUGCUAGUGGCGACCUACGAGGGAGAACACAACCAUGUCGCGCAGACAACCGAGUUCGUCGGCGGCAGCGGUUGCACCAUGAGCCAGCCGGCCCAGCACGCCGCCGGCUCGCCGCCGGCGCUGCAUCCCUGCUCCAUCUCCAUCAACUCGUCGGGACGAACCAUCACCCUCGACCUGACGAGCCAGCAGUUAGAGCCAGGUGGAUCGAGCUGCGUCGUCCCCGGUGACGGUGACCUCGUCGCCGCGGCCGUCUCGCCGGAGGAGUUCAGGAGGCUCCUCGCGGAGGAGGUUGUGCAGGUGCUCAGGAACGACGCCGAGUUCGUGGAGACCCUGACCAACGCCGUGGCUGCAAGAGUCGUGGAUAAAAUCCGCGCCGGUCAUGUUGAUUUGUAGGCAGUUCUCCCCAAAAGUUUGCAAGUACAUAUAUAUAUAUAUGUCGAACAUAUAUAUACAUAUUCGCAAAUUUCAGUGCAGGCAUAAGCCACGUUUGCUAUGUGUCAGUUGCCUAGUAUUUAUUUUGGGCAACUGUGCGGUGCAUUUUACCGUUAGUAUUAUACUAUCAGUAGAACAAGGUUA